AUGCUUCUGCAGGUUACACAAACUUCUCUUAAUCCCACGCCUUUGGCGCCUCAUCAACUCGUUUUUAACUUUGUUAAAAAUCAACAGAAUUGUUAUCAAUCUUUCUCAUCAAUCUUCGAUUUCGACAGCAAAAAUAAAGCUGAUUCAUAUCAUGUUGUUGUUGGUGUCAUCCAUAAAUCAUUAGAAUUGGUGUGCUUGUUUUCCAUUUAG